UGUCAGCUUACUGUUCAAGUUGUACUGCCUCACAGUGAUGACCCUGGUUGCUGCAACGUACACAGUCGCAUUGCGGUACACACGGACAGUGGAGACAGAACUGUACUUUUCAACGACAGCUGUGUGCAUCACUGAAGUUAUCAAGUUGUUCUUGAGCGUGGGCAUCUUGGCUAAAGAAACUGGAAGUCUGGCAAGGCUAAUAACAUCUUUACAAGAAAAUGUGUUUGGAAGUCCUACAGAAUUGCUAAAAUUAAGUGUUCCAUCUUUGGUGUAUGCUCUCCAAAACAAUAUGGCAUUUGUGGCUCUUAGCAACUUGGACGCGGCAGUCUACCAGGUGACAUACCAGCUGAAGAUCCCUUGUACAGCUUUAUGUACAGUCCUAAUGCUAAACCGUACCCUUAGUAAGUUGCAGUGGUUCUCUGUCUUCAUGCUGUGUGGUGGUGUUACCCUUGUGCAGUGGAAGCCCGCUCAGGCUACAAAAGUACAGGUGGAGCAGAAUCCAUGGCUGGGGUUUGGAGCGAUUGCUGUUGCUGUAUUGUGUUCAGGAUUUGCAGGAGUUUAUUUUGAGAAGGUCUUAAAGAGUUCAGAUACUUCUUUGUGGGUGAGGAAUAUUCAGAUGUACUUAUCUGGGAUUGUGGUGACUUUAUUUGGUGUGUACGUGUCAGACGGAGCCCAAGUUCUUGAGAAGGGGUUUUUCUAUGGCUAUACAUACUACGUCUGGUUUGUCAUCUUUCUCGCCAGCGUAGGUGGCCUCUACACUUCCAUUGUUGUUAAAUACACAGAUAACAUCAUGAAAGGCUUUUCUGCAGCAGCAGCCAUUGUUCUUUCUACGGUGGCAUCAGUCAUUCUCUUUGGCCUCCAGAUAACUGUUACCUUCUCCCUGGGUGCUCUCCUGGUGUGUAUUUCUAUUUACCUCUAUGGAUUACCUCGACAAGACACCACAAAAAUCCAGCCAUCAGAGACUAAGAGCUCAAAAGAGAGACUUGCUGUUGUGUGAUGCUGUCCAUAAAAAUGGACACACAGACAAGAGAAAAAAAUGGACUUGAAAAAUACCUGCAUUUUUUUAAAAUUAGCCUUAAGCUAGUCAUGAAAUGGUUCAAGUGGGUAGACUAAAAGCAGAAGUUGGUUCUGUUUUACAUCUGAAGUUUCCAGUGGCUGACGCUCAGUUACAGCUGAGGAGCUGGAUGGGUGUUUUACUGAAGGUAUUCUUCAUUCUCAUCAGACACUGAAGAGUCCCAUUUACAAGGAAAGCAGAAUGAAGGAACUGAACACUCAAUUGUAUAUAAUGUAUAUAGUGGAGGGAAGUUGGUUCUUUGUGUAUUUGAUAAACUGUCUUGCCCUUUGAGGGCAGAAAAUGCCCAAAAGCUUCAUAAAAAUACAUUA